AUGACACUUGCUGAAUAUGGCAAAAUUUUUUGCCAUCUGUCUUUUUGGAGCAUCCUUGGCACGCUGUCGCGGAUGUCUCUAACCAAGCUCACUAACUACCAAGGCUCCUACAUCCACUCCGCAGAUUCAAAUUCAUGUCUUUGGAGCAAUUUUGCCGCUUGCUUCAUUAUUUCAGCUGUGGCAAACUCCACAUCCUUCUGGUAUGAGCUGGUAGAAACUGAGACCGAGCAAGUCAAGGAUACUCAUCGUGCCAAAGCCAAGACGGAGCUGCUCCUCUAUGUUGGCUUGACCACUGGCUAUUGUGGUUCGCUGUCCACUUUUUCCUCGCUGAUUGUCGAGGCAUUCAAUAAAGCUUUAGAUGCAAGCCGUGAGUUGCCUAACCAUGGCUAUGGGACCAUGGAAUUUGCUAGUGUAAUUCUCGUGCAACUAGGUGUAUCUGUUCUGGCAUGGAAAUUAGGUCAUGACUUGGUAAUAGGGCUUGAGCAGUUUCACGCAAUCAAAAUGCCUUCAAGUUGGGUUGCUCCCCUUGAAGUAGCCAUCGGAAUUUUGGGAGUAUGUCUCAUCAUUGUGAUGGUUGUUUUGGCAGCUGCGUUGCCAGGUUGGUGGAGACCUUGGGCAGCCUCUUGCUGUUUUGCGCCUCUGGCCGUAAUGUUGCGGUUUGAGCUAGCGAGAAAUUUAAAUUCGCGGUCCUGGUUUCCAUGGGGUACUCUUGCUGCCAACACUAUCGCAUGUGUUGUUAUUGGUAUCGCGUUACUCGCGUCUCGUGGUUUGAGGGUUCACAAUUCUCAUGCAGCGUGCGUUGCACUGGUUGCUAUUGAAAACGGAUUUAGUGGAGUCCUUUCUACCACAUCCACGUUUGUCGCGGAGUUUGAAAAGCUUCAAGGUAAAAGAAGACACAUUUACGCAUUUACCAGCGUUGCUGUUUGUACUACAUGCGUGCUUCUGACGUUUGGAGUCUACGCGUGGUCCACCGGGGUGAGAUCAGCAAUUUGUCAUUAUUAG